AUGAACCGCACAGCAAGUGAGGAUAAUGGCCCCUCCAGCCAGAUCGAGACAAACCAACCACUCCGGCGACACAUCGGCAAGGCCUGCGAAGGUUGUAGGCAACAGAAGAUCAGAUGCAACGGCGACUCUCCAUGCGAGCGAUGCUCUCGCCUUACCCUGCCCUGUAUCGUGCGGAGAACUGCGAGGCAGCGUCAGAAGCGGCAUCAGAUACAGAGAGCCCCGGACCAGUCCAACGAUUCUGCGUCAAGUGUCAUCCUACGAAGCGUUCUUAGACCAGUCCGUGUCCGGAGCGGGAUCACAGGGACCAGCGCUUCAAGGACUGCGGUAUACGGGCCCACGUCGACCGUAGCCGCUCUGCAUAUCAUCGCGUCAAGAAGCAACGGAGAUGCGUUGAUUGGAAACCUAGAUCCAGGUAUCGAGGAUACAAAAAUCACUGUCAUGAACAGCAGCAUCUCGCUCGAGGCCUUCAAAUACCACACCUUCGUGCUCGGAAAUACUCUCACUCUGGCUCCAGAGACCUUAACACCUCCGCUCUGCCUAACAACGAUUUCAAAUGAUCUGCUUGAGUUUUUUCUGCAUAGAUACAUCGACACGGCAUGGGGCACACUCCCGCUACAAUCUCCCGCUCAACUGACGACUCUCUUCCAAUCAUCGUGCAAUGCGUUUAGCCAGAAUACGUUGCCACCGGUGUUUUAUCCGGUCCUGCUAUACCAGCUCGCAAUGGGGUCUUUGUCCACGAGACAUGGAGAGCUUUCUGAGAUGCUGGUGAUGGAGAGUCAGCUCCUUGCUCCUACGAGCGGUGGAUACGGAUACGGAGGCCUCACUGAGGAGAUGGUGUUGCACGAGAUCGGCAACUUCGAUAAGGCAUACGAGAUACUGGGCCAGACGCAAGGGAGAAUCUACACUGCCGGCUACCAUCUUGACCCUCAGGCUCAUACUUUAGAGAUCAAAAGACUGCUUCGGGUUUUACUUUCAACUGAGAGUUACGUCUGCAUAGCCGUUGGACGACCGUGCCUUCUUCCUUCAACCCUCCGAGUUCCAUUGGACGAACGCAGCAACGACUCGCCCGUGACAAAAUUCGUGUCUGGCCUGUUCUAUAUAAUCAACGAUAUGCUGCGAGCCCAGCAAAACGUCGAUACAAGCUUCGAAAAACUAUACGAGUCGGCCUGGGCUACGCAUGAGAGACUCGCGUCAUUCUGGGAAGAGAACGAGCCGGCGUUAUGGUUUGCGCAUGCGGAACCGAUGUGCCCCGGGGGCGUUAGUGAGGCGAUGGAGCUUCAUGUUGUUCAAUAUAUCGGACCACAACGAGAACGAGAACAGCAACGAGCCAGCGCCGGAAAAUGCACAAGAAGCACACUCAACCCCACCGAUUCCUGGCCCAAAGAACAAGGAUGGGAGUGGCAAACAUAG